ACCCGCAUCCACCCUCCAGUGUCCCAAGUGAGUCUUAGGGGAUCCGGACUCCGGCCUGGGCCGGGCGGGGCCGAGCGCACCGCCUCGGGAGCCGGGAUCGCCACUGAGCACUCGGGCCUGCAGGGGCGGGGCGUCCUGGAUACCCGGGAUUGGGGUUGCCGGGAGCCCUCUCCCGUCGUGCACCGGGACACCGGCCACUCACCCGGAAGGAGAAGCCGAGACUCUGGCUAUAUGGUGCGGCGCUGGCGGUGUAGCUGUGGGGAGUGGGUGCUGCUCUCAGGAGCCAGCCUGGAUCAUUUGUUGGCAGUACAUAUUGGCUGAAGUCAGUUUUCAUUUCAAGGAGCGGAAAACAUCCCGAGCCGACCCGUGCAGCUGUGGGGUGCUUGGGCAGAGGUACAAGCCGGAUAGCGUGUCGAGAGAGGAAAUGAUUGGAACCAUUGGCGGGGGUUCCGGAGAACAGAUUAGGUAAGGGAAGGUCGCCACCGGGCAGCCCACUCGGGUGCUCCCAGAGCUCUCCAGCUCGUGAUUUACCUCUGGGUAGGCCACUGGUUCCCAAGACAGAGACUUCGGGGCAUGGGUGUUGGUGGGGCUUGGUGGGCUCUGAACCGCCAGGAGGGGGCGGUGUCAGGCUCACUUGCAGAGGCGUGUUGUGUGCCCACAGGACCGCUGCUCUCACCUGCCGUCCUCACGCACAAAGGUUUGACGGCCAGACUCACCUGUGCUGGCUGCCUGAGAUGUUUUCUUCCAAUGGGCUUUUGGUGUAGGAUGUUGGAGAACCAAGAGCAGGAGGAGGCGAUCACCGUGCGUGUUCAGGACCCCCGCGUGCAGAAUGAGGGCUCCUGGAACUCUUAUGUGGAUUAUAAGAUAUUUCUCCACACCAACAGCAAGGCCUUUACUGCCAAGACGUCCUGUGUGCGUCGCCGCUACCGUGAGUUCGUGUGGCUGAGAAAGCAGCUACAGAAAAAUGCUGGUUUGGUGCCUGUACCUGAACUUCCUGGGAAGUCAACCUUCUUUGGCAGCUCAGAUGAGUUCAUUGAGAAGCGGCGACAAGGUCUGCAGCACUUCCUGGAAAAGGUCCUGCAGAGUGUGGUCCUCCUGUCAGACAGCCAGUUACACCUCUUUCUGCAAAGCCAGCUCUCGGUGCCCGAGAUAGAAGCCUGUGUCCAGGGCCGAAGCCCCAUGACCGUUUCUGAUGCCAUUCUUCACUACGCUAUGUCAAACUGUGGCUGGGUACAGGAAGAGAGGCAGGGCUCUUCUCACCUGGCUAAAGGAGACCAGCCGAAGAGUUGCUGCUUUCUUCCAAGAUCGGGCAGGAGGAGCUCUCCCUCACCACCUCCCAGGGAAGAAAAGGACCAUUUCGAGGUGUGGGCUCCCGUUGUUGACGCUGAAGCUCCUGCCUUGGAAAGCCCCCCUCUCCCCCCCUCCCCCUCACCAUCAUGCUGUGAUUUUGCAAGACCUGACGAGGGAACCUCCGCUCCUCCCGUGAGGAGGGCUGUGGGAGGGGACCGUGCUGUGCCUUUGGACCCUGGGCAGUUAGAAAUGGUUUUAGAAAAAUGAGCUCUGGCCCGAGCGCUGGGUUCUGCUCCGAGGUGGAGAAGAUGCCGGCAAGGAGGCUUGCUGGGGUGGGAGGGGGCACAGGGUAGGUGUUGGGGAGGCUGGGCCACUUAGUGUCUUACGGUCGCCUCUGCUCAGGUUGGUGGCACAGAGGUCAGUCGCCACAACUCCUCAAGCUUCCUCCAUAGAUUAAACACUGGACGGUUGUAAGUUAGGCAUAAGGCCCGUGGGCUUUUGGUUUUGCACAGAAAUAUGGGGUAUAUUUGCUCUUCUGGGAGCUGACUCUCUUUAGAUGUUUGUUAAUGGGCCCGGGAGCAUUGCAUCAGUUGACUGGUUUGGGGGGACCCACAAGUGACCGCUUUUAAGCUGUCCUGAAUACCAACCCGACAGAAAUGCUUGUGUUAUUUGUAUUCCCACUGGCUGGGUUCUUGCUGCAGCCCUUGGCUCUUGGCUCACUUUGUUUCUGGGAGGCUGGCCUCUUGCCUCCCUCCUUUCCUGGCCAGGGUGGGGAAUGUUUGUUCUCCCACCUCCUUGCUUUUCCUUCACGAAUACCACUGAACGGACCACUGAACCCACCGGUGCUGUGACUCCCUUGGCUGGGGGUUCCCGCCUCUCCCCAGUCCUCAGCCUGGCUGUGAGGGGCCCGAGACCCAUGACAUCGCUCCUGGGGGGGCCCUGGAAGAGACCCGUGGAAGCCAGAGGAAAGGCAACAGCUCUGGGGGGCUUUGUGUUAGAAAAGGCUGUCCCCGGGCUGUCACCGUCUCCUCUGGCUUAGUAGAGCCGAGAUGUGCGGAUCUUUUCUGCAGGGUUGGCGUGGGCUCCUUUCUUUUUUGAAUCCUUCUAGUCCCUUAGUAACAGCCCCCUGCCCCCAGGGCUUCAGCUCCCACCGUGCCCCUCUGCUGGGCGGCAGGGAGGCCGUCUGUUCGGUCCAAUGGGGCGCCAGGGCUUUGUGCCUGUAGAGAGGGCUCUGGGGACGGAGAUGAGGACGCCGCGCUCAGACAAUGAGGCCUUCUGCCCUCCCGCCGCCGCAUUCCUCUCCGCGGAGAGCCCGAGCUGGCGGGAGAGGAGCGCCGGCGGCGCACUGCCUGGCUGUGCACCCGGGCCGCGCGGGGGGCUCCCGGCUCGCGCCCCCCCUGCUCCGGCCGCACCCCCACCCCGCCCCGGCUGUGGGCUCUUUCCCUCCCGCCUCUGCCGUGGGCCUGUCAUGGCACCGCCUUCAGAGUCCAGAGGCUUUGGCCUGAAAUAAAAUCCGAGUAUUUAAGAGUGUUGUUGCCGUUUGUGUCUAACA